CUCGCGCGGAACUCUCUCGCGAGAAGUAGGAAGUACCGCGGUUGCGUACCGCAGCAGCGCCUUGUGGUGGUGGCAGGAUAGCCGGCGGGUGUGCGGCGGCGGCAAGUCAGAGUGGCGGCUGCUGCGCUCCCCGCGAGUCGCCACCAUGAGCAGCACCUUAGCGAAGAUCGCGGAGAUCGAAGCCGAGAUGGCUCGGACUCAAAAGAACAAGGCCACAGCACACCACCUAGGGCUGCUGAAGGCUCGCCUUGCUAAGCUUCGCAGAGAACUCAUUACUCCAAAAGGUGGUGGUGGUGGUGGGCCAGGAGAAGGUUUUGACGUGGCCAAGACAGGUGAUGCUCGAAUUGGGUUUGUGGGUUUUCCAUCUGUGGGGAAGUCAACACUGCUCAGUAACCUGGCGGGGGUAUAUUCUGAGGUGGCAGCCUAUGAGUUCACUACUCUCACCACUGUGCCUGGUGUCAUCAGAUACAAAGGUGCCAAGAUUCAGCUCCUGGAUCUCCCAGGUAUCAUUGAGGGUGCCAAGGAUGGGAAAGGUAGAGGCCGUCAAGUCAUUGCAGUGGCCCGAACGUGUAACUUGAUCCUGAUUGUUCUGGAUGUCCUGAAACCCUUGGGACAUAAGAAGAUAAUUGAAAAUGAGCUGGAAGGCUUUGGCAUUCGCUUGAACAGCAAACCCCCCAACAUUGGCUUUAAGAAGAAGGAUAAAGGAGGCAUUAAUCUCACAGCCACUUGCCCUCAGAGUGAGCUGGAUGCUGAAACUGUGAAGAGCAUCCUGGCUGAAUACAAAAUUCAUAAUGCUGACGUGACUCUGCGUAGUGAUGCCACAGCGGAUGACCUCAUUGAUGUGGUGGAAGGAAAUAGAGUUUAUAUCCCCUGUAUCUAUGUGUUAAAUAAGAUUGAUCAGAUCUCCAUUGAGGAAUUGGAUAUCAUCUAUAAGGUGCCUCACUGUGUACCCAUCUCUGCCCAUCACCGCUGGAAUUUUGAUGACCUGUUGGAAAAGAUCUGGGACUAUCUGAAAUUAGUGAGAAUUUACACCAAACCCAAAGGACAGUUGCCAGAUUACACAUCCCCAGUGGUGCUUCCUUUCUCCAGGACCACAGUGGAGGAUUUCUGUAUGAAGAUUCACAAAAAUCUUAUCAAGGAAUUUAAAUACGCACUGGUCUGGGGUCUCUCUGUGAAACAUAAUCCUCAAAAAGUGGGUAAAGACCAUACGUUGGAGGACGAGGAUGUCAUUCAGAUUGUGAAGAAGUGAAACCUUCCCCUUCUGCAUCUGCCGGGCCAACCACAGCAGCUUUCCGCACGGCCAAGCACUCUACCCCAAACCCCUCUGGCUUUGGCAGCCACUGGAUCGGGAUUCAGGGGAGGGAGAUAGAGGCACCCAAACUGGAACUUCGCUUGUAUUAACUUGGUGUCACCUUGUAUGUUGAACUGCAUAAAGGACCUGGUAGGCCAGCUGGCUAUGUGCA